AUAUAGGCCAAUCGGGGUCCUCAGGAUGUCAACAAUGAAGGAAGUGCUUACUCAAAACUAGCAAUGAAAUCCAAAAGAGGGAAUACAAAAUGAAAAUACCCAGACGAAAAUUGUUGCUUUUCAUAGUUUUUGCAUAUGUGGGAUUUUCGUUCUAUGCUGCAUACAAUGUAUUCUUCGGCAGCAAAAUAAUUUCCCGUGUCCACAGGGUUGUGAAGAAAAAUACCGUAGGCCCUCCAGGCGGUGCAGUUGCACCAUUUAUUGAAGACGAGGAAUGGAACCCAUGGGAAGAUGAAGAGGUGGAGUACAAUUCUGCUCUCAAUAGAAAGAGAGAGGCUUUCCAAAAGCAUUUGGCACAAAUCAACAAGAAUAAGCCCAAACGAUACAAGGUCCAAAUAUGGGGGAAAGCCGCCAUUGGACUUUACCUGUGGGAACACAUACUAGACGGACCACUGCAUCCUACAGACAAAGUAGCCCAAUGGAGGGAAGGGGAGCUUCAGUCAGGGAAAAUAGAUUUCAGCUUUUACACAGGUCCUGCGGUUGUCCAGGGACAUGUUCCUCUUGACAUGAACAGCCUAGUUCUGGUUCUUAAUGGCCGUGAGCAGCAGAAGAUCUCCUACUCCACACGGUGGCUGGAACAUGUCCAUGCUCUGGUGCAGGCCCGCACUGUCUCUCAUGUGGCUGUAGUGCUGUUGGGUAAUGAGCACUGUGUCAAUGAUUGGAUCAGCCCGUACUUAAAGAGGAACGGGGGCUUUGUUGAGUUGCUGUUUGUGGUGUAUGACAGCCCCUGGGUGAAUAACAUCGAUGUCUUCCAAUGGCCUCUCGGGGUUGCCACAUAUAGACAGUUCCCCAUUAUCAGACCCAGUUUGCAGAUGGUGACCUCUAUCAGACCGUACCUCUGCAACUUCCAGGGCACAGUUUACAAAAAUUCCUCGAGAGAAAUUCUCGUGCAGGUUCUGAAACAAGCUGACAUUGAGAAAGACUGUAUCACCACUGCAAGGGACAAGUGGCUUCCUCAGGAGACGGUGGACAGUUUGGGUCGCUACCAGACGGCUCUGUCCCAGAGUGAUUUGACGCUCUGUCCGGUAGGGAUCAACACAGAGUGCUACCGCAUCUUCGAGGCGUGUGCUUAUGGCUCCGUCCCCGUCGUUGAGGAUGUUCAGAACCCUGGUGCCUGUGUCACUGGGCCCAGCUCGCCGCUGCGUCUUCUAAAAGCUGCGGGAGCACCCUUCAUCUUCCUCAGGGACUGGAAGGAACUGCCGGCCAUCUUGGAGAAGGAAAGGAGGAUGGAUCAGAAUCAAAGGAUGGAGCGGAGGAAAAGAUUGAUAGAAUGGUACACUACUUUCCGUCAACAGAUGAAAGACAGAUUCACUGAAGUCAUAGAGGAGACCUUCUUUACAAAUUUAUAACAAACAAAUGUUGAAAAUCAACAAUUGGUAAUCCCCGCCACGGUUUGGAGCAUUUCAAAAAUAUUCUAUACUUUUGUGUAACAGAUUGUGUGACAAGUCCAGGCACAUUCUUGGUUUGCAGGAGAGUAAUGUGCUAAUAUUGGUAACAUGCAUUGUUGCUGCUGGUAAUGGAGCAACAGUGGACGCAUGUACGUAGAAUGUAACCGACUUCAGGAGAACUGGUGCUUUUUCAGACCCAUCUCUCUCCACUAAUGACAUGUUCAUGUCAUCCUAUUCAGGCUAUUUAAAUAUUUAAGUGAAAAGUGUUUACUGUUGCAUCCCCUGUUUGUAUAUGUUACACAAAGAAAAAGUAAACACAUAUUGUUGUUAUUUAAGUGUACCCAGUUGGCGACAGGAGGGCUGUCCAUGCAUCUAUAACAGAUUGUUAGUUAAAGAUAAUGGGAGUCUUACAUAUGUGAGUGUUGUCACAUGACAGAUUGACUUGUGGCCUUUGUGGAGAAAUAGGUUCAUGUAUUUUGGUGUAAUGGUCAUUUUUGUAUUAUUCAACUGUAGUGGUGACAAUAUAUUUAACAAUUUAUGAUGGUAGAUACUGUAUCGUUCUGUCAAAGUUGGCCAGUUGACUGCAUAUUGUUUUUAAAUGCUCCACAAGCCUAAUAAUCUUGGUAGGCUAUUACUAUUUAUAUUAUUACAAUGAGGGCAGUAUCAAGGCAGGGAAUGAUAGAUUGCCUUUAAAUGGUGUCACAGUUGUAUACAUUUAAUAUACUUUUAUACGUAUGUUUCUAUUAUUCAUAAUUGAUAUAGUGAUUUAAAGUACACUACUCUUUUAGAAAAAGAUAACUGCAGGCUAGAAUGAAUUGGUACGAUUGAGCCAGAAGUAUUUUGCUUUGUGUAAAACCUGAAUAUUUAUUUUGUUGCUAUAUUUCUUAUUGAAAACAUAACGUUUGUUUGCUUCCUUAAUUUUUCUAUGUUGUAGUGCAUGGAAAGCGUGCAAUAAAAUAUUGUCGUUGGUCGGC